GGAGAUUCAUUCAUACAUCAGCAGUCUCGUUACGCACAGACGACGUGCCGGGGUGCGAUCCCGGAUUAUCAGCAAGAAUACAUUCUUUUUGCAACCUGCAAAUAACAUUGGCCCAGAUGAAAGUACUCUUAGUGUUGUUGUUUUUUUAAAUAAUGUUUUAGACAUCACUCAUCCAUAGGCGCACGAGAAAGGUUUUCCAUACCACCGAGAGUCUGAAGCGCGCGCAUACGAAGUUUUAGAAGGACAAGCAAAAGCCCAGGAAAAUAUUACCAAUGACACCUACCAGUUCCGUGAGGACAAGAUUGUGGGUGCCAUCUGAUUGUAUUUAAUGGAAACAUUGUUUAUAUCCCAAAGACUUUAAAAAUAUCUGCACUGGAACUUUUUCUUCUAUAAGACGCACGGAUACGGCCGGACAAGCACGCUGUCAAAAUUGCCCCCGACAGUCUGUUUAGCAGACUAAAUGCCCCAGCGGGCUAACGUCUGUCGGAAGUGAGUUUGUGAAGAGUCAGCUGUUGCGACUUACCUCUGGAACCUCGUUGCAAAAGUAGUCUCAGAAUAGAAUACCAAUGGUUUUUCUUUGGGACGCCAAAUACGACCCUGCCCCAGGGCGACGCUUCACACCUCCCUCCUCUAGUCUGGGCUCGGGGAAGAUGAGUGAGGGCUUGCCCCUAGGGGCUCAGGAGGGCAGCGGCGCUUCCCUUGUGGGCAAGCUGCGUAUGGCGGACCGGAAUAUGGUGGAAGUGCUGUCAGACCACCCAGGAGAGCUGGUGCGCACGGACAGCCCAAAUUUCCUCUGCUCCGUGCUGCCAACGCACUGGAGGUGCAACAAGACUCUACCCAUCGCCUUCAAGGUGGUUGCCCUUGGUGACAUCCCUGAUGGCACGCUUGUGACGGUGAUGGCGGGAAAUGAUGAGAAUUAUUCAGCUGAGCUCCGCAAUGCCACAGCAGCCAUCAAGAACCAGGUGGCCCGAUUCAACGACCUGCGCUUUGUGGGUCGCAGCGGUAGAGGGAAGAGUUUCACUCUCACCAUCACGGUCUUCACAAACCCACCUCAGGUGGCUACCUAUCAAAGAGCCAUCAAGAUCACCGUCGACGGGCCCAGGGAACCACGCCGCCACAGACAAAAGCUGGAGGAAACCGUAAAACCCGGAGCGCUGGCGUUCUCAGAGCAGUUGAGGCGGAGUGCCAUGAGGUGCAGCCCCCACCAGGUCGCUGCGCCCAAUCCCCGUCCUACACUGAACACGCCCCCUUUCAGCAGCCCCGCCCACAGCCAGCUACCUGACUCCAGGCAAAUGCAGACGUCUCCGUCCUGGUCUUAUGAGCAGUCCUACCCUUACCUGGGCCCUAUUUCAGCGCCAGCAGUCCACUCUACGACGCCCAUCUCCCCCGGCCGCAAUCCCAUCCACUGUCCAGACCUGACAGCGUUCGCGGACCCACGUGUGAGUCUGGAGCGGCCCUUCUCCUCGCUCCCCUCACUCCCAGAUAGCCGAUUCUCUGACCCCCGCGUCCCAUACCCCACUGGGGCCUUCACGUACACGCCCACCCCUGUCACCAAUGCUAUAGGCAUUGGCAUGUCUGCCAUGACUGCGCAGGCAGGCCGCUACCACACUUACUUACCACCUCCCUACCCUGCCGGUUCCUCCCAGGGCCAAGGUGGACCCUUCCAGGCGAGCUCCUCACCGUAUCACCUCUACUACAGCACUGCUGCUGGGUCAUACCAGUUUUCUAUGAUGCCAGGGGGAGGUGGUGGUGAGCGCUCACCACCACGGAUCCUGCCACCCUGCACAAAUGCCUCCACAGGCUCUGCCCUCCUCCACCCCUCACUGCCCAGUCAGAGUGAUGUCGUCGUGGAAGCAGAGGGAAGUCACAGCAGCUCUCCAACCAGCAUGUCUGCUGAGGCGGUGUGGAGACCAUACUGAGCAGUGAUGGACUGGCAUGUUGACCAAUUAGAAGUGGGCAGCUGAAUUAGUUGUGCUUUCAUUGGAGCAGUGGGCAAAGGACUCAUUUUACAUGGCAUGAGACUUCUCUUUCUUUUGUUUUUCUAGAGUUCUGGAUUAUGAUUAUGAUGAUGAUGAUGAUGAUUAUUAUUAUUAUUAUUAUUAUUAUUAUUAUUAUUAUUAUUGUUGUUGCAAUAAUGACUCAACUGUAUCUUUGUUAAAUUUGUCAAUGACACCAGCUUUCCAUUGUUAUAGGGAUACAAUGAUACACACUCUCCAUAAACAAAAAACUCGCAUAUAUUGCUACAUCAGAAUUAUUUUCUGUAGGAAUACAUAUAAACACAUAAGCCACCAGUUCACAACAAUGAACAAUUAUAGAUGCCAAAAGACCUGGGCAACAUUGAUUUAACUUACUCGGUAACAAGGAAUUCUAGACACCACUGCCCACCACUGCCUGUUCAUUGACAAUGAGUGUAUGGGGAUUCAUGAUUGAGGAGAACCAGCAUGAAGUCUGGUUCAUGGCCUGCUCAAUAAAAACAUGUCAGUGUUUUGUGGCCGAGCUAAGGUUAGCAUUGUUAGCACUGGCAGAGCCAACAUAAGGCUUGACCCAACGCCAUGCAGUAUUUCCUUUGGAGAGUUUAAACAGGCUCUGUAGACUCAGUCCCAGUUUUACGAGGCUUCCUUUUUAUCUGGUCACUGCCUUUCAAGGUCUCCUUCUCCACUCCAUUUACGCUGCAAAAUGGUCUGUAUUUCAUAUUUCCAGUUGAUCUCUACAUAGAACAAUAUAGCGGAUGAUUUGGAAUUAAAUGGAAGGGACUCGGUCAACAUACUUUUGUGUAAAUAGACUGUAAACUACUUUCUGAUAUCAUUGGUCAAUAGCCAUUUGAUGAUGACAUCAAUCGUGACACUGUCCUGACUUUCACACACUUGAGAAAAUUAACAUAAAUGCAGCUUAGCCAAUAUGUUUUUUAGUACUUCUUUAUUUUGUGAAUGUAAACCUUUGUUGUGAAGAAGUUGAAUGUUUGUAAA